AUUGAUUCACACGUUUCACAGCAGCUGAGGAUUCAAACCCCAGAAACGUUUCUGUGCCACAAACCCGAAGCAGGUCCCGAUCAAAUCUAUACGCAGCCAUGAGUGCCGGCGAGUUAGCAUGCAUCUACUCCAUCUUGAUGCUCCACGAUGACGGAAUCGCAAUCACCGCGGAGAAGAUUAACACUAUCUUGAAGGCUGCUGGCGUCACUGUCGAAUCAUACUGGCCAAGCUUAUUCGCCAAACUUGCUCAGAAUAAGAGCAUUGACGAUCUCGUUUUGAACGCUGGCGCUGCCGGUGGUGCCGCCGUUGCCGUAGCUGCUCCUGCCGCUUCUGCUGCUGGUGGAGCCGCUGCAGCUGCCGCACCUGCCGCCGAGGCCAAGAAGGAAGAGGCAAAGGAAGAAAGUGACGAUGACAUGGGCUUUAGUUUGUUUGAUUAGGUUUUUCUUUUUAGUUUGUCAAUCCAGACUUGUACUCCUUUCCAGGAGUGUUUUCUGGAGACACUUGUUUUGUUUUAUAAAUUGUUUAUCUAAGUGAGUCUUAGCAUUCUACUCUUACAAAUUAUUGUUGAAUUUUAGUGGUUUUUAUAUAUUUGCGAGACAAUCUUAUUUCUGAAAGAUAAGCUUUUAUUUUCUUUUUGCA